AUGAGAACCUCCAGCACCGGCGAGCGCAUCCCGGCUCUCGCACUGGUCCACACAGACAACUGCUCUGUCGCCGAUACAUCGAUCGACGACCGAACGUUGCCGUCUGACAAGAAAACAGAGAAGCGGCCGAGCCGCGAGAACUCUCCAGCCACGAAACACAAAGGACUGCCGAUCGACGGCGCUACCAUUGAGAACUGGCGUCCGCAUGUGUCGACGGUCACGGAGAAGUCGUCGAGCUCAGCGGACUCAAUGGCCGAACAGCCUCCCAAGGCCACAGAAAUGAAGGGCAAAUCCAACGCCAUACCAAACGCAAGCGAUCUCGGUUCGCUCCGGAGGAGGCGCCCGGGAGCAACCUAUGGCGUGGAUGCAUUGCCCAACCUCAAGGCGCGCGUGGUGGCCGAGCAUGAUGUCUCAAACGUCUCCAGUGCGGCCCCCUCAACCCGCCCAGAGACCCGUCAGCCAGAACCUAUGCGGACUUUUCCACUAGAGUUCGGACAAGGAGUUACAACAGAUAGAGAGUCUUCCCUUCGAAACGUAUCUAGCCUGCCCAAAUUCUUUGCUCCCGACUAUGGUAUCACCGACGACGACAAGUCUGCAACCCAGCUGAGUGAUGAUCCAUCCGAGGAAGACCAACACCUGGACUUUUCUUUUACGUCGUUUUCGCGCCUGCCACUCUUCAAUAUCAUGCACGGUCCGCCGCAUGCGGAUGCUCCUCUAGGUCUUCCUCAUGCUCGAAACCCAUUGGACGAACACCCAGAUAUCCAGUCAUUACCACCGGUGCUGCAGGGGCUUGUUCGCAAGAACCUGACACCCGAGGCCGGCGAGAAGGGCCGUACAGUGGCAGCUAUGAUUCUUGAAUUGUUCGCUGGCCACAAGCAAAUCGGGCCGUUUGAAUUUCCGUCACAAUCACGCCUGCCUCUCUAUGUCAACCUCCGACCAAAGGUCACUUCGUCGCCCAGACAAGACGCAGACGGUGACACAGACGACCUUGAAUAUGCAAAGGGCACAGACGGUAGCUUUUCGCUUUCUCAUUGUGCCCGGCUUCCGUUGCACAUGAUCGCCGGGGCCGAGUCCAGACAGAUGGAAAUUCAUACCAAUAUGAACAAGGUCCAGUUGACCAACUUUGCGCACCCCAAAACGUGGACCGACAGCAACAGUUUCGAUUUCGAAUUCCUGCAAGAGCACAGGCUUCCAUCGUACUCGUCCUUGUUCAAAGGGCCUAUCGAAACCUCGACGCUGAACACACAGUUGGUCCGCAAGGGGGUUCCUCUGCAGAUCGUGGAAGUCAGUAAGAAGGGUCAUGUGAUCGGCUCGAUCGACAGCGUCGGCCGGUAUGUCCGUCCCAAUGCAGACCCCCGGUUCCUGUUUUCUAUCACGCCCUUUACGAAGUCCGAGGUGCUGCGAGGCAAGACGUCCAAGGACGUUCUGUUCGGGAAGUUGGAGAAAACAUGGCGGAAACAGGAGCAUGCCGGAGUGGCGCAAGUGGCAGUGACGAAUCGGUCGAGCAGGUCGACGUCAACCAACGGAACAACCGGCACGUGUGCCAGGGCCGGCCACCCGCACUGCGAGAGGACAAGCGCAUCAACACGCUCGACUCAGAGACAUAGUUCGUCGACGACCACUGGUACCCAGACUGCGCCGUCCUCGAUAAGCAUCAACGAAAGUGGCCCCAAUGCGCCUUACCGUGCUCCGCCCCCAAGUCGAGCCGAACCGUCUGUCGACGGGAACAAGAGGCUAGCCGGUGAUCGGCACCGCUUUGAUGCCCUUGUCAACCGUCUGCAACAGAAGCUGUCUGAGCAAUCACAACAGUCGGGAGAUGACGUUAAGGACGCAAACUCAAACGUGGGUAGGACCUCCAAUUGCAAUGACGCAAAGAUGCCCGUCCGGGAGUGUAGACAACGUGGAGCAGUUGAACAUGGCUCAGUUCAUAUCAACUACCAGGUGUCCGGCGAAGCAAGCUCAACGACAGGAAAACAAAACGAGAGCCAGAUUGGGCAGCCAAACCGCAAAGACAAGCCUCCUCCUUUGCCGCCGAGACCCAACCUGGCGAGCAAUCCACCCCACUCCUCUGCUCCUGUCCCGUCCAGCCGCUGUGAUAGUGCAUUGGACCCAAGAAAGGCCCCCUUUCAGCCUUCAUACGUGCCCUAUGCCUUUUCCAACAAUCCAAAUAAGCAUACCAUGGUACCGGGAAUGGAGCCGGGAAUGGUACCAGGAAUCGUGCCAGGCACGGUGCCCAUGCCGCUUGCGUGGCGGCUGCAUCCGCCGCAAGGUCCGCUACCUGCUCCAGCUUCGCUUGUCCCGCCUGUCCCAGUGUCUAUGCCGGCCAUACCACCUCUACCGCAGGACCACAACUCCAGGCCCCCGUAUUCCGCUCCCAUUUCCGUACCUGGGUGGCCCAUGUCGAAACGGCCAAGCAGCAGCCGGCGCCGCUCCCCAUUUGUACCGCUUGCAGCGGCCGAUCAGCAAAAAAUCGAGGAGCACAUUGAACUGCUCAAGGCGACGAUUCCCAACUAUGCCACUCUGUCCAAGAGACGCCAAGAGCUGCGUUGGGGAAGGCAGAAUAGACAGGUAAGGGGACCAAAAGCAAAAGCAGGCGGCAGCUGUCCAUGGGUAAAUUCACCUCAAAUGCUGUGGGAGCAACAUCAACAGAGCCAGAAGCAACCCGCAGCUCAUAUCCAGGUCCAUCCCCAGGUGCAACCGCAGGCACAGCAAUUGCCAUCUGUGCAGUCAGCUCAACCAGCGCAGCCAGCUCAACAGCUUCGCCACAUGCAGCUUCACCAGGUGCAGAUGCAACAGAUGCAACAAAUGCACGAGAUGCACCAGCAGCACAUGCAAAAAAUUCAUCAAACGCAACAGGAUCAGCAGCAGUAUCAACAAGGGCAGCCAGGAUCAGCCAUGCAGGGCAUCCAGUCCAUGCAACCCUUACACCUGUAUGGACAAUACUAUCCCAACACGCUGGCGGCUCCCACGUGGGCCAUGCCGUUGAUGAAUACCAAAAUGUGA